AUGGGCAAAGUCCGGGUUGAUGUGCUGUUUGGUGGCCGAGACAAUUGCCACGUGGAAAGCAUUCUGUUCGAAGUGGUGGAUAUGGAGAGCCCUUACCAUACCCUUCUUGGAAGGCCGGCAUUGGCAAAGUUCAUGGCCUCUACUCAUACGGCUUACCUGAAGAUGAAGAUACCGGCACCUAACGGUCCAAUAACCGUGGUGGGUAACUAUAAGGUCUCGCUGGAAACUGCUUCAGCCGGAUCAAACUUUGCUGAAUCACUGGUCAUAGCAGAAGAAAAGAGGAGAAUUCAAACUGUUGUCACGCUGGCCCAGUCUUCCCAGCUGAACUUAGCUGCAAUGAGCCGCCCGAUUGGGGGAACUACAUUCAAUCCGUCAAAGGAGACGAAGGACAUUGUGCUGGAUCCGGCUCACCCAGAGCGCACCGUUCACAUCGGUGUCGGCCUGAGUGAGGCAUAG